UUGUGGGGCUUUUGGGGCAAUGAAAUUUUAAUUAAUGUGGGUGGGCUGAAAGAAACACAACGAGUGUUUAUCAUAGACAAUUUAUUUUCCAGCAUAAGUCAACAUAAAGCAGCAAAUGUGCAACAAAGUGCAGGAGAGCCAGACUGCCUGACUCUCGGGGAUCUCUCUAUGGACCGCGGCUCGAGGAGUUUCUGAACCGCUGCGCGUUUAUCGAGACUUUCAACAUGAACUUGUACACGGGACGGGCAGCGCAGGGACCCGCGGCUCUCAGCCUCACCAACUCGUCCCUGAUUUAUCUGUAUGGUGGAGACGUGGGAGGCAUGAUCCCGGCUCUGGGACUCGCCUCAACCCGGCAGGAACCUCCACAGAAGCCUCCGUACAGCUACAUCGCGCUCAUCGCCAUGGCCAUCAAGAGCGCACCGGGCAAACGCGCCACGCUGAGCGGCAUCUACCAGUUUAUUAUGGACCGCUUUCCGUUUUACCACGACAACAAGCAGGGCUGGCAGAACUCCAUCCGGCACAACCUGUCGCUGAACGACUGCUUCAUCAAGGUGCCCAGGGAGAAAGGGCGCCCGGGCAAGGGCAGCUACUGGACUCUAGACCCCAAGUGCCUGGACAUGUUUGAGAACGGCAAUUACAGGAGGAGGAAACGGAAGUCCAAACUGCAGGAGCAUAGCGAAGCUAAACCGAGUCACAAACGCAGCCGGGGUCCGACCGCUCUUGCUCUGGGCACCAGCAAACUUUGCGCAGGGACGCGUGUGGUGAAAGGCGAGACCCUGGGUAAUGAAAAGCCCCUGGCGGAGAUGAUGAUUCAGCACAAGGACCAAGAACAUCCAUCACCGCGAGGACAUCUGAGUUUCCCGCCACUCAACCCGGUGAAACAGUGUCGUGGCGCGCACCCGACCAGCGCGCGCCCCCGCCCCCCAAGCGAGCAGCAAAGCGCGUCUCCGCACAAACCCGACCAUCAGCCAGAACUGCACUCUCCGCACCUGCGCCAAAUGCAUCCUGGGAAUUCGACGAGCGCCGCUGCAAAAAGCACCAGCGUCACUUCGACUUUGGGCUCCUCGCAACUCCCAAAGCGAGACACCAAAGACCUAACGGACGGCAAGAAAACUUCAGAUAAAUCGAAAGAAUUUAGCAUAGAUAGCAUCUUGGCGAAAAAGGUGAACCGGCUCCAGCGCAGGUGCAGCUGCGGAGGCUCAGAGGCUGCGUGUUUGGAAACGCGUCACCGCGCGCUCGCGACAGCACUACUUCCGUCUGCGCACGCGCCGCACCUCUAUCCCAGAGCCUACCCGCUGUGCUCUUACAUGUCACUGGCGUGGCCCGACACUUUACUCCAGUACUGCGAGAAGGGUGGUGAGAACUUAGUCUGAUGACUGAUCUAUUGGUACCGAGACACAGCAGCAAACUCACAUCUGGAGCAGCUGUUCUUAACUUCCAAUAGCAGGAAAUCACUACAGAGGCAAUGGUCCUGUUCCUCAUGUACAAAUACACCUGAUCCAACUGAGGAAAUCUGUUAGAGAAGCUCUGAUAGGGUAUAUACAAUAGACUUAUUUUAAUAACUGGAGGUGGUAACAAUCUGUUGUUGCCUUUUAAAUGUCAUAACGGGUUGGCUCUAAGACAGACAAUGAACUAACAUGUAUACGUUAUAAUCAAGAUCUACAGUGGUUUAUUAACUCUUACAUUGUUCAUCAGAUGCCAGGUUGAUUAUAUCCUAAUAACUAAAUAUCCUUUGUUGUUCUGAAGUGUACACAGUAUUUUUGUAUUGCACAAAAAUUACAAUGGCUAGUUCUUUAAGGAAAGACAUUUCCUACUUUUAAACUUUCACUGGUCUUAUGGUAGAACAGUUACAAUCAAUCACUCCUUCACCUGCCUCAAUUUUUCUCUUUCUUGAAAACAGGGGGGGAAAUGCAGCUAUGAGGCAGUAUUAUGAAGAAACCCAAAAUAUUCUUUCUCGUAGUAGAAAACAUACUGAUUGUAACAACAUGCUGACUCCUUCUAUAACUGUUAAUUAAAUUAAUGUCUUUGUUAUAUAACAAAAGAAAAAUCAGUUUAUUAUUUGCCUUAGAUUAUAUAAACAUAGAAACACUAACAUGUUUGAAUGCAGCUGGCACCGUGAUCAAAGCCAUGUUGUUGUGGAAAAUUAAUCAACACUUUCUGACUAAUCAAAAUAAAGAAUUCAGCAGCAUUGUGGUAUAAGACACAAUAACCACUUUAGGACUUUUUUUAAUAGCUCAGUUCAAUAACUGCCAUACAAUGAAUUAUUAUUAUUAUUAUUAUUAUUAUUAUUAUUAUUAUGUUUGGGACAACUUGGGUGGCCCACUUCAAAGGUUCACAUAAGGCUGACAGUAGUUAACUUGGGUGAUGUAUUACCCAUAGAGCCACGCCAUGCAAACUCUCAUGGAUGUUGCUGUUUAAAUGUAAAUGUUUAUUUGAGCUCUGAUUUUAUUACGCUCCUUUCCGUGCUUGUAAAAGGAAUAGAAGAUAAAUUACAAAUUGUAUCAUGUUGUUGCUUUUCUUCGCUCCUCAAGUACCUCAUGGAUGCAUAUAGUUGGGAACAUUUUUGAGGAAAAACAUAACAAGAGUAAAUGAGUCGAGUGUUUGUGGAACGAAAUCCGAGA